AUGGCUUCCAUUGCGAAUCAUCUUCGACCUGUUUUGCUUGAUAUUGAAAUUAACAAAUCUCUCAAAGAUGUAAAACCAUAUGGUAAUAUUUCUUCUCAAAGUUAUUUUAUGGAAGAAAAGGAAAUUUUAUUCAUGGUUGGAUCAAUUUUCAAAAUCCAAAGUGUUGUUGAACCCGAAUCAGAUGGUAUGUGGACGAUAAAACUGUCCUUGUGCAGCGAGAACGAUCAUGAAUUAAAAGAACUUGUAUCGUAUCUUCAAAUGGAUAUGUUAAAAUAUAAUCCUGAUCUAAUCUCACUUGGAAAUAUGCUACGAGAAAUGUGUGAAUAUGAAAAAGCGACAAAAUUUUUCCAGCGUCAGUUGAAUCAUUUAGAUGAUAAGAAUUCUUCUGAAGCUGCAUGUUGCUAUACGAGUCUGGGAGAUGUUGCUCGAGCCAUAGGUGAUUAUGACUUGUCUAUAACGUAUCAUAAAAAAGCAUUAGAAAUCCAUUCUUAUGUAUCAAACAAUGAUCAGCUGAUAUCUAUUGCCUAUAAUAAACUAGGUGCCGCUUUUCGUCAGAAAAAACAAUAUGAAGAAGCAUUAGAAGUUUAUCAAAAAUGUCUCAAAAUCGAACAAAGAAAACUUAAUGAAAAUCUCGAAAGUGAUGGAAUAGCAACGACUUACUAUAAUAUGGGCAUUUUGUAUGAAGAGCAAGACAAAUAUGAUGAGGCGCUGAAGUAUUAUAACCAAUCGUUGAUGAUUCGAAAAAAAUAUUUACCUCCGGAUCACUAUAAGAUUGCUCGAUUAUACAGAGGCAUGGGCGAAACAUAUUAUUAUCACGGAGACUAUGCAUUGGCAUUAGAAUACUUGAACAAGAGUUUAGAGAUGUGUGGAAAAUCGCGUACAGAAACGCAUUAUGAUUUAGGACUUCUCUUUCAUCACAUUGGGCGAGUCUACGAAGACACUGAAAAGCCAGAUUUGGCACUACAGAGCUACGUGAAAGCAGACAAAAUUUAUCGACAUGCCUUACCGUCUACUCAUGAAUGGGUAAUGGAAAAUCAGCAGCAUAUUGAAAGUGCAAAUGCGAAAUUAAACUGA